AUGGCAGAAGAAGGAAAACCCCCCGUGCAAAAAAGACACGCCUCCUUGGAAAUAGUGUCCAAGCCCAGCCUGCUUGAUGCAGACAACACAAUUCGUCUGGCUCUUGUCUUUCAGCUCGGCAUUUCUUUUGCGAUCUUUUGCGUUUUUAUCUUUUGUCGGAAAAAAAUACCGUGGAUGUACUCAACCAACACAAAACGGUACAAGAAGCACCCUGCUGCAGUGUACAAAGGAGCUCUCGACUGGAUUGUUCCCGUGUUUAGAAUAUCAGACACUGUGUUUUUCGAGCUCGUGGGCUUUGAUGCGUUUCUUUUUGUCGAGACUCUUAAGCUUCUUGGGACCAUCUUUCUUUUUCUUUCGAUUGUUCUCUUUCCGGCCCUUGGGGCGUACUACUUUUUCUUUGCGCAGAGCAAAAUCAGCCUCCAGAUCAUCAUGAAUCUUUCUUUUCUCUCCACGUCCUACAGUCCUCGGCACGUAAACUGCAUUGUUCCGUGCCUGGGUGUUUGGUUUGUAACGGCUGUGAUUAUAUACUUCCUGUACAUUUUCUACAGGAAAUACGUUAUUCUUCGGCAGCUCCACAUAAGAGACCGCGUGUUCUCCAAGUCCACGCCCUCCAUAAAGAAAAUGACCGAUGAAAUGAAGUCUUUCAAGAAUGCGCUGAACGAAAUCAACAUAUGCUCCAGGACAGUUCUAAUAACGAACCUGCCAAAGUUCAUCGUCAACAAAAAAGAUCUUUUGUACUAUCUGAAAGUGCUGGGAGUAAGUGUUGAGCCUGAAAAUGCGCACUUAGUGACAAACACAAAAACCCUCGAAGAGCUGAACAGCAUGAAAAAGGCUGCCAUCAUAAGCCUGGAGAAAGAAAUGCAGAAGUUUUUUAUGCGGCUCAACUUCCUUUCGAUUGACACAGGCUUUUUUGAAAAACACAUUGAGAACUACGACUCAACAAUGGACCUUAUUUCCAACGCGAUCGCCUGGAAGAAAGCACACCCUGUGCCCAAGGAGCAGUACAAAGAGGAGCUGGACCAUCUUGUGGACAAGGCAUUUAACGGAAAGUUUUUUGACGUGCUGCAGAAAAUAAAUGAGAGCGCUGAGCCUGUUAAAAUAGCAGAGUUUGUAGCAAAUAUAAAGGCCCUGACUGAAAAGAUCGAAAUUGAAAGAGAAAAGGCUUCAAAAGCGAGCAUUAGUGACGAGCUUCUGUUCAAAGCGCAGAACAACUCCGAGCUACACGAUAGAUACGAUAUAGACGGCUCUGGAUCGAUAUUUAUGUCAACCAUGUCUAUUUUGAAUGUGAAGCGAGCAUACAUAAACUUUAUCAACAGCAUUCCCCUCGGUGCUCACAACGGAUUUGUUACCUUCAAAGAGACAAAGGAUGCAAGCUUUCUGCGGAUGUCUCUGAUAGGCUCCGGCACUUUCAGCUGCAAAGCCAUAGAAGCCCCUCCCCCAGAUCUGAUUAUUUGGACCACGCUUACAGACACUCGGGUGCGGCGGGUGGUUAAAAAAAUACUCGGGACAAUAAUCACCGUGGUGUUUGUCUCUUUGUUUAUUCUGCUUGUAUUUUUUGUCUCAACAAUCAUCAAUAUAGACACGUUUGACUCGAUUGUUACAGCAAUCAAUCCAGAGCUGAGCGCCAUAAUAGGAAACUCCAACUUUCGAAAAACUUUUCAGGGUAUCAUUGUUCCCACUGUCUACUCGCAGUUCAUUUCCAUUGCGCCCUCCAUCCUGUGGUGGAUAUGUGUCUUUGAGGGGAGCAUCUCAAAGAUUGAGUUUCAGAAGAGUUUUACAAAAAAAUACUCGAUCUUUCUUUUUUUCAACGGAUUUCUUGUUCUUAUUUUUGGAACAAGCAUUGCCGGGCUGGUCUACAGCACCAAACAGACAACCUGGACAAUUGAACACCUUGUCUCCACCCCUGUAGUGUCUUCUUCCAUCUUCUUUCUUAAUCUUCUCAUCCACAAGACCUUUGGCGGGCUGAUGUCUGAGCUUCUGCAGAUUCCCAGGCUUCUUUCCUGGGUACUAGCAUACAUCCUAGGCGGAGUGUUCACGCGAAGAGAGGAAAUUAAAAGAUUUGACUCGCAGCCGAUAAACUUUGGGUCUUUGUACCCGCAGGUAUUUCUCCUAUUUCCGAUGAUUCUCAUAUACUCGAUCAUAUGCCCGCUGUUUAUGCCAAUUGGCUGUCUGUACUUCUUUGGCGCUUUUGCUGUGUACAAGUCUCUCUUCCUGUAUUCGCACGAAAGCCAGCUGGAGAGCGGGGGAGAGCACUGGCCGUCCCUCUUCACAAGCAUCUUCUACUCUCUUAUAAUCUUCCAUGCUAUAACGCUUGUGUACUUUGUCUCGCACAAACAGUACAUCACUCUGCUUCUCAUACUUCCCCUUAUAGUAAUAACGAUAGGGGUGUGGAAGGGGUUUACAAAUCUGAUCUCAAAAAACUGCUAUUUUCUCCCAAAUAACAACUCAGAAAACAUACAGAGCAACGAGUCCAUAAAAAAGCUGUUUGAGCUGAGAAAAGAAGACAUUCAGCACUGGAAGGAGUCAUCCAACGUGGAAAAAGACAUAUACUACCUGCAAGGAGAGAAACUGCACAAAGACAAAGAUGUUCCGUAUGUCUACAAAGACCUUUCCUUUCUGCCGUCCAUCUCUGCCAUUAUUCUCCCCAACUGGUUCUACAUAACGCUCCUGUACCUCAGGGACAACGGAGAGUCUGAUGUUUUUGGGCUGGAGAAGAAAAAAAAGAGUAGAUUUUUCUGA